GCCGGCCCCUAAUAAAUCCUUCGCUCCGUUUGCUCAACUUUUCUUCUCCAUCAACGUGGUGACAGGUGCUUUACCUUCACAUUCGAAUCCUUUUUCUUUCUUUUUUGGGGUUUACCUUAGAUCUGGCCUGCUGUCAGAUGCGCCAAUCCUUCUUCUCUUAACUUUCAAUCGGAGUGCCGCUUUUGAUCUACCCCAUCUGUCUUCAUUAACGCCACCUCAUCCCUGCCCGCCUUUUUCAACCUUCGCAAUAACACGACAAAAUGCCUUCCAGAACGCUCCCUACGUUUACGCGCGCCGAAGUCGAGACGCAUAGCUCAGAAAAAUCCUGUUAUGUCACCAUCGGCACCAAGGUCUACGAUGUCACCGACUUCCUGUCCGACCACCCCGGUGGUGGCCAGCUCAUCAUCGACUAUGCUGGCAAGGACAUUGAAGACAUUUUGAAGGACAGUGUUUCGCACACUCAUAGCGAGGCUGCAUACGAAAUCCUCGACGAUUCUCUUGUUGGCUUUGUCGUUACCGAGAAGAACGGGGCCGCCAAUGGAAACGGCACUGCCAAUGGCGAGCCGUACGUGCAUCCGAGAACUGGUAUGGCUAACGAAGAGGACCUCAGCAAAGACACGGAUUAUACACAGGACUACAAGAAGCACAAAUUUUUGGAUCUAAGCAAGCCCCUGUUCCCCCAGCUCUGGUAUGGAAACUUCACCAAGGAGUUUUAUCUCGAUCAAGUGCACCGUCCACGCCACUACAAGGGUGGUCAGUCUGCGCCCCUCUUUGGAAACUUCCUGGAGCCUCUUUCGAAAACCCCAUGGUGGAUGAUUCCAAUUCUAUGGCUUCCCUGUGACGCAUACGGCUCAUUCUUGGCCUUCCAAGGCUUUGACUACCCCAUCAUCUUUGCGGCAUAUUGGGUCCUUGGCUUCUGCAUUUGGAGCCUCGUGGAAUAUGGUCUGCACAGAUUCUUGUUCCAUCUUGAUGACUAUCUUCCUGACAACCGAUAUGGCAUCAUUGCGCACUUCUUGCUCCACGGCAUCCACCACUAUCUGCCCAUGGACAAAUACAGAUUGGUCAUGCCUCCAACCAUGUUUUUGCUGCUUGCGACUCCUUUUUGGUAUCUCGCUCAUACCAUCUUCGCCUACAACUGGUAUGCCGCCACGGCAGUCUACUGCGGCGGCAUUUUUGGUUACAUCUGCUAUGACUUGACUCACUACUUCCUUCACCACGAGAACCUUCCUCUCUGGUACAAGGGACUCAAGAAGUACCAUCUGGAGCACCACUUCCUCGAGUACGAGCUUGGCUUCGGUGUUACCACCAAGUUCUGGGACAACGUGUUUGGUACCGAGCUGAAGCCCAAUGUUGUCAAGACCCAGUAAACUCGGCAAGUGCGACACGUACAUAUGUGCUUUUGCAGGCCCCUUUCAUGAGGUGAACACUGCAACAUCAGUUCUUUCUCUAAUUCUUCUGGCUCUGUUUCGUACGGGAUGGGGCAGGCUUUGGCUAAUUUGGAAUUGGAGGAUUAUGCAUCGUUAUGAACAUGGGCGGAUGGUUUCACGGGGUUGAUAAUGGACGGAAAUAGGAAGAGGCAAAGUUUCUAAUGGCUGCUGAUACGAGUUACGGACAAAUUGGAGAUCCACGAAGAAGGGGAUCUUAUGGCGACACUAAAAAUACCGAUUGAGAACUUGUAGAUAUUAUACACUUUUGAUUCAAUGACUACUUAAUACUUUUACUACUUCCAAUAUACCAUAUCAUCACUGC